GUGAAGCAAGAGGAGACGGAGCAGCGAGAGGAGAAGCUGGCCAGGCUGAAAGCGAGGGUGCAGGAGCUGAGACGCCAGAGGGAUGAGCUGCGGGCUAAGGUGGACCUGCAGCAGAAAGGGCAGCUUGGGAAAGCAGGAGUCGUGUCGGAUGCGGCACAGCCCAGUGCUCAGGCUGUUCUGGAGUGGAAGAUAAAAAGCGUUAAGGCCAUGCUGCAGGUCUUCUACCUCACAGGGAUCAGCGGGAAGCUGACCAAGCAAGGAGUCUGCUUCUGCAUCAGCACUGCUUACGAGGGCACCUACUUGGAUUCCUACUACCUGGACCUGCUCACCAAGCCAGAAGUGCGGAUUCACCGCCACUCCGUCCCCACCUUCAUCCCCCUGGAGCAGAUCGCCAAGAAGCACUUGGAGACGGACAUCAGGCGCUUCUUGUCCGUCCUGGCGGACCACCUGAACGCUUACGUGGGGAGGAGGCACCAGGCAGACCAGUUGCAGGAACACUUUUCGGACCAGAUAGAAGGAACCUUGCAGAGGAACUCCUUGUGUAACUUGCUGGUCUUCAACUACAACCUGUCGAGUCGAAGCAAGACCUUUCCGUUCAACGCGCGGCUGCUCUACGGCGAUCUCUGCUGCAGCCUCCCCACCGAAGUCACCGUCUCCUGCACACGCAAGGUGAGCUGGCUGGAGGGAGGGAAAUGCGAUGGGGCUGAGAAAGGGAGAGGCUGGAGCAAGCUUGGAUCGCUUAAGGGGGACGGGCUGCUCCUUCCAAGGCUGCUGGUGCUCGGAGUGCAGACUGUGGCACGGUCCCAGGAUCCUGUUGUCACACACAUCGCACAGAGACCCCAGCUUGUGCUAGUGGGAGAGCCCAGCGAGCGAGUGCAGCCACGAACUCACAGAAUCCCAGACUGGUAG